AAAGAGACAUGAACAUGAGUUUGUUACAAACUCCAUCACUUCUUAUGUACAAUAAGAUGCUCAAAUCUCUUGCUGAUGGUAAAAGUUUCACGAAAGUUUUGGCUUUGUUCGGUGAAUUGCGAGGACAAGGAUUGUAUCCUGAUAAUUUCACGUUACCGGUUGUUCUAAAGUCAAUUGGUCGUUUGAGGAAGGUUAUAGAAGGUGAGAAGGUUCAUGGUUAUGCUGUGAAAGCUGGGCUUGAGUUCGAUUCUUAUGUAUCUAAUUCACUCAUGGGAAUGUAUGCUUCAUUGGGUAAGAUAGAGAUCACACAUAAAGUGUUCGAUGAAAUGCCUCAACGAGAUGUUGUUUCUUGGAAUGGGUUGAUUUCUAGUUAUGUUGGUAAUGGGAGGUUUGAGGAUGCCAUUGGUGUGUUUAAGCGGAUGAGUCAGGAGAGCAAUUUGAAGUUUGAUGAAGGUACAAUUGUGAGCACUCUUUCGGCUUGUUCGGCUUUGAAGAAUCUUGAAAUUGGUGAAAGGAUUUAUAGGUUUGUUGUUACAGAAUUUGAAAUGAGUGUUAGGAUUGGGAAUGCGUUGGUGGAUAUGUUCUGUAAAUGUGGGUGUCUCGAUAAGGCUAGAGCGGUUUUCGAUUCGAUGAGAGACAAGAAUGUUAAGUGUUGGACUAGUAUGGUUUUUGGGUAUGUUAGUACUGGUAGGAUUGAUGAGGCUAGAGUUUUGUUUGAGAGAAGUCCUGUAAAGGAUGUUGUUUUGUGGACAGCUAUGAUGAAUGGGUAUGUUCAGUUUAACCGGUUUGAUGAGGCAUUGGAACUGUUCAGGUGCAUGCAAACUGCGGGAAUUAGGCCGGAUAAUUUCGUGCUAGUCUCUCUCUUGACAGGUUGCGCGCAAACGGGAGCUUUAGAGCAAGGAAAAUGGAUUCAUGGGUACAUAAAUGAGAACAGGGUUACAGUAGAUAAAGUAGUUGGUACUGCUCUUGUAGACAUGUAUGCAAAAUGUGGAUGCAUUGAGACAGCUCUAGAGGUUUUCUAUGAAAUAAAGGAGAGAGACACAGCUUCGUGGACAUCACUUAUCUACGGUCUUGCGAUGAACGGGAUGUCAGGAAGAGCGCUGGACUUGUAUUACGAAAUGGAAAAUGUUGGUGUUAGACUAGACGCUAUAACAUUUGUCGCGGUUUUAACAGCUUGCAAUCAUGGUGGAUUUGUAGCAGAAGGCCGUAAGAUUUUCCAUUCGAUGACCGAAAGACAUAACGUCCAGCCUAAAUCAGAGCACUGCAGCUGUCUGAUUGACCUACUAUGCAGAGCUGGUUUGUUAGAUGAAGCAGAGGAAUUGAUAGAUAAGAUGCGUGGUGAAAGCGAUGAAACUCUAGUUCCUGUAUACUGUUCUUUACUUAGUGCUGCUAGGAACUAUGGGAAUGUAAAAAUAGCAGAACGGGUAGCGGAAAAGCUUGAGAAAGUGGAAGUAAGUGAUUCCAGUGCUCAUACUCUGCUUGCAAGUGUAUAUGCAUCUGCUAAUAGAUGGGAAGAUGUAACUAAUGUGAGAAGGAAAAUGAAAGAUUUGGGAAUCAGAAAGUUUCCUGGUUGCAGCUCCAUCGAGAUUGAUGGGGUUGGUCAUGAGUUUAUUGUUGGAGAUGAUCUAUUAUCACACCCAAAAAUGGAUGAGAUCAACUCAAUGCUGCAUCAAACGACAAAUUUGAUGUUGGAUUUGGAACAUAAAGAAAUUGAUAGCUGAAACUUUCUUGUACAUUCUCUAACUACUUCCCUUAUCAUUAACAUUUGUUUCCCUGCUAAUGAACCGGUUUUGAAUCGAUGUUGGUUUUG